AUGGGACUCCUCAACUGGUGGAGCAAUCUUCGCGACUCUAUGCACUCAGUCAAGGAGACCGAAACACGAACAGCCCACCGGCUUGCCAACUCGCCUCCCGAACUAUGGUCCAGUAAAGAUCACAUUGCAUCGCGACGACUUCGUUUUCGACGAGAUCUAGCUCUCAAAAAGGCAAAGAAAGAAAACAGGAGUAUUGUGCCAGUCGUGAUGAGAUAUCCCGAGGGCCCAUACUGGCCAUAUACCCCAGAGGACGAUAUGGAGGAAUACCUCAAAGCAUAUAAACGCAAGAGAAAGCUCGACACUUUUCAAGCUCGCCAUCCACACUUGCAAAUCCAUCAGACGGACGCAAAUCCCUUCCAUGCGUAUAACCCUUGGAACGGCGAAACUUUCUUGCUAUAUUGA